AUGUGGGAUUUAAACAAAUCUGGCUCGUCAAAAUUCGAAAGAAGAACACGCGAUCAUUCACGCUCCAUCCAUGCACUCUCGUAUUCUCCUAUCCUGGGCUACUACUGUGUAACCGGCUCUGCAGAUGGCGAUCUUCGUGUUUGGGACAUGCGAGACCUCACAAAGUCCAUCAUGUGGAUACGUCAUCCUGCUUCCGUCCGGGCAGUCGUAUUUUCUCCGAUACAGUGGCAACCACUACAAGCUAUCACUGCUCUCGACAAUGGCAGCAUAUACAGGUGGGACCUAAAGGUUGGCCAGCGUGGUCAACUGGAUCGUAUUCCUGCCGCCCAUUCCGGCCCAAUUUUGGCCCUUGACUGGUCGCCGCCUUCCUCUUCGAGUGCACCCUUAUCCUCAGGUGUCGCACGGCAAGGCGCAAGAAGUAAUUGGUACAGUGGGUCGAAUUCUGCGCUGGGUCUAUUGGACGACAUCAUGCCAGGGCCUGGAAAUCCGAGUGAUUCUAGUGUCAAUGAUAUGGAAGGCACUGGUACUGGCUGGCUGGCUAGUGGAGGGCUGGAUCGAUGUGUUAAGGUAUGGGAUCUGACUGCCCCCCAGACAAGGGUGCACAUUUCUCACCAUCCAGUCUACACAUUGCGUACAUCUUUCCCGGUGCGUAAGGUUCUUUGGCGACCAGGGUAUGAAUGUGAGCUCGCUGUCGUGUCUAAUGCGGAGUUUGGCUCGGGUACGAGCUCAAAUUCCGAUUCACACGGACCAGCAGUGAAUUUGUCGCCCAUCCCCGGUAUUCCCCCUGGAACGGGGCUACUCAGUGCAUUAUCCAGCCCACGAAUGGCUUCCGCGACACUCCAGCUUGCAGAUAUGGGAGGUCAUGCGGAAUUCAGGACUCCAACGCCCCCGCGAAAUGGGAGAAGUGAUCCAGUUGAGAUAUGGGACGUGAGAAGAGGCUAUAUCGCAAAAUGGGUAGUAAAUGACUCCUCCAUGGAAGGGGGAGUUACCGAUAUCGCAUUUGCGGAUUCUCAUGCAAUAUGGACGCAGCACUCUUCUGGAACAUUCUCGCAACUGGAUCUCCGCCAAACAAGUAAACCACUGGACGCAGUUCCAAGGGUGGCAGUUUCAUGGGACGCUGCUGGAUCUUUGACCUUCGUUACAGAUCAUCCGAGGCGUUGGGAAGCGCCCUAUGAUGACUUGAAGCUAGAAAGGGGGCGAGGACUGAACGAUGUGCAAAUCCCUAUAAAAGGGCUGGGAGAUAGUUCUUAUGUUCCUGAUUCCCAGAGCGUCGGCACAGUUGCAAGUGAGGACUGUGGGGAUAAUCUUGAAGCAUUUGCAAAGCUAGCACAGACAUAUAUAUAUGAGGGUGCUGAAAGGACGGAGAUUUGUGAGCACAACGCUAAGAUGUCGAUGGAUGCUGGCAGUAUCGAAGCCACUCAAACCUGGUUGAUGUUGAGAAAUCUAUUGACGGAUCUUGUGCCCGAGACCCCGCCGAUUUUUCCUUCCCUUACGCGUCUUAUGUCAAGCCCCCCUUUGUCUCACUCCGUAUCCGCUCCAGCCGCUAUACCAACCGUGCAUGAAGUCACAGAAAUUAUCCCUCAUGCGGCUCGCUCCCUGUCGUAUGACGUUGACAGUCUCAUGAAGAUGAAGGACAGGAGUCCAGGAUCGCUAUCGAAGGGGAGCGAUGAACAUCCUGGAUUGAAUCAUUCGCCCCAGCGGAUUACUCCUGCAUCUUCUACCACUUCAUCCCCCCGCCGAUCUACUAGCUCCUUGUCGCAGCCCACUGCACGAUUAGCACGGCGCGAAUCCAAUGUUGGCUUCCUUCCGCCUAUGCGUCAAAGGUUAUCAUCGUCAUAUCGAAGAACGUCAUUCACGACUCCAAGCAUUAAAAGCGCAUACAGCGACUCACCAAGUGACAGCAUUCGGAGCCAGAUCAGCUACAAACAUACGGGAGAAGGAGCUCUCUCUGAUUCAGACUCAUCCGAGGGUGAAGAUCCAGAUAUUUCCAUUGAGAUCACGAAGAGCGACAGUGAAGGCGAAGAGGCAUCCCGCAGUAGUUCUCUGACGUCGUAUCCGCCCUCGCGCAAUAAUAACAAUACCGCUCAUCCGAGUCCGUUAUCUCAAGAGGUCGGACAGCAGAGUUGGACGGAGGACGAGAGAGAUGACGAAGACUCUCCUUCACCUGCAUCCACAAGCGAGUCCGAAUCAAGCGAUGAUGCGUCUCAGAUGCGUGCUCUCUCACGGCCGGUGAAACGACCGUCGAUGCGGAGUAGGACUCGGAGUCGCAGCUCGACGGUAGCAUCGUUGGCAGUGACAUCCUCUCAUCGAAACCUAGUCAGGCAGUUGUCGUCCAGUAGCAUUCGGACUGUGACCGCAGUCAACGUACCCAGUACAGAUUGCGACGACCAAGGUCACCAAAAAGAUGACGGGGUGCAUGGCUUUCGAGAAUGUUCGCAGUCCAGAAGGCCCGCCCUGCGGCAUCAGCGCAUGGGUUCCGCGGCUCUGUCCGGCGAGUUUUUCCUCGAUUCGGAUAACCACGCGAGUAAAAACGCUGCUGCAUCAUUGCAAAGUAUUAUGAUGGAUGAUGAGAUUGAGAAAACAUUUCGAGAAGCGGAGAAACGGUUCCGAGAACUUGGGUGGGAGGCUUUGAUAGAAGCAUUCGAAUCCUUCAUUGAGCAGGUAUGA